CCAUGAAAAUUAUGCCACAAAGACGUGAAGAGUCGAGUAGUUGAGACGGAUGGGUUCACGGUGAACAACAAACUCACUAAAAACAGGCCAUAAGCUUGAAGAAACCGGCUUUUCCUUUUCAUAUAAAUGUAUUAUUCGUGGUAGAUAUGACGGAAAUGUUUUCAACUCUGUUCGGGCAAAAUGAAACUCAGGUACCGCCCGGCUCGUCGUCUCUGGGUUUUGGACCGGGGAAACCUCCGCCGCCUCUGCCGCAGAAUCAAGUCGCCAUGCCGGGGCAGAUGCCACCGCAACUCGGGGAUGAGGGGCCUGCACUGCGGAAGCCUGGAGCCAUGAAUGAACCUUUCUAUUUACUGCGGGAGCUACCGGUGGGAAACGAGUUAACGGGCAACACCAACCUCAUCACGCACUACAACCUGGAGCACGCCUACAACAAGUUCUGUGGGAAGAAGGUGAAGGAGAAGCUCAGCAACUUUCUACCAGAGUUACCAGGUAUGAUCGACUGUCCAGGCACUCAGGAUGGCAGCUCAUUGCGCUCUCUGAUUGAUAAGCCUCCAGUGUGUGGGAACUCCUUCAGCCCACUGACCGGCGCUCUGCUCACAGGCUUCAGACUACACACAGGACCGCUCCCAGAACAGUACAGACUAAUGCACAUACAGCCCCCAAAGAAGAAGAGCAAACACAAGCACAAACACCAUCGACCACAGGACCCACUACCACAAGAAACUCCAUCAGACUCUGAUCCCAAGAAGAAGAAGAAAAAGAGGGACGACGAUCCUGACCGCAAGAAAAAGAAGAAAGACAAGAAAAAGAAGAAGAACCGCCACAGUCCCGACCACCCCGGCCUUGCUGGAUCACAACCCAACAGCAACAGCCUCAGAUAGACAGGAGCCCACUGUGUGCAUGCCUGUGUGUGUGAAUGUGUGUGUGACUGUGCAUUUUGUAAGAGGACGCGUGCGUGUGUUUUACAGAUAAUUGUAUUAUUGAGAGUAUGUUUAACAAGAGAGGGGAUGAAUCAAGUGGUUGCAUGUGUGAGAGUGAAAGGAGCAGCAACACAGUGGAUGUGGGUGAUGACCAGAAGACAUGUUACAGAACAGUGUAAAAGACAGAAAGAUGGUUUUAUGGAUGUCUGAGCAGGCACUGUAUGUAUGUCCCCCUUUUGAUUUUGUUGUGAUAUCUUUUGACCAUAAUGCCAAAAUCAAAUAAACUUUGGUUAUUAUCUUUG